AUGGAACCUUCCAGGAAAUACACGUACGUUCCGCCUCCUGACGUCGGCCCUUCUGCUGCUAGUUCAGCAGCAGCCGCUGCUGGUGCAGGUCCGGCUGGUGCUGCUGCUGCUGCUGCUGCUGCUGAGAGUGAGCGAGCAAGUGCAGGAGGGAGUGGGACAGGCAGUGAGGCAGGGGGGGAGCCGGCAGAAGCAGCAGUGCAGGCAGGGGAGGUGAUUCGGGUGAACCUGAAGAACCGCGAUGUGGACUUGCAGCCGCUCUUCUCCCACCUCGCCUCCGCCGCCAACAUCCUUCUGCGCUGGAACCGCGGCGUGCUCACUCGGCUCUUCCUGGAGGCUUAUAGCGUGGACAGGGAGACUUAUAAUGGGGAUGGAGGAGGGGGAGAGGCGGGGAGAGGGACGGAGGGAGAGUGGGGGAUGAGGGGCAGCAGACAGUGGGCUUUAAGGUGCCGUUUCAGACCAAAGCCUGAGGUGUGGCAACUCAUCCGACCGUUCGAUCAGCAGCUGAGGGGCGAUCGGACGGUCGUGAUUGGUCUGCACAUCCGGUUCGAGGACAGGGCAGUGUGGGGUGAGGGAGGGGAGGGCGCACCCUUAUCACUCUCAGAGGAGCGAGUGAGGGAGAUGGUGGAAGAGGUUCGACCCACUCUUGAAUGUGCCAAGCGAGUGCAGGAGUGGCAUAUCCCCUCCUCCCUCCCUGUCAAGUGGCUGCUGCUCUGCAACUCCAUGCAAGUCAAGCACGCCAUUCGCGAGAAGUACCCAGACAAGGUGGUAACCACCAACUUCACUCCUCGCCACGCCAACAGCAUGAGUGGGGAAGACACCACCAUGCAGCCCUCCUUGUCCACCUCCUCUCCCUCCUCUCCCUCCUCUCCCUCCACUCCAUUCCUCGAGCUCAUAGCCGAGUGGUUGCUGCUAGCCUCCUCCCAGUUCUUCAUCAUUCCCAACUCUGGCUUCUCCCGCACGGCGCUGCUCUACUCCAUGCAUCCGGCAGGAUCCGCUUUUAUGCCACCGGAUAACUGCUUCCCUGACGUGCCUGUUAACCUCACAUGGCUGGGGACCACGUGGAGCAGAAUAUGA